AUUGCUUUCCUAUUGGAGAAAAAGUCUGCUACUGCAAUAGCAUAUGUAGAUCUUUUAGAUGAGUAAGCCCUAGCUAGUCCGCAAGCAUUCCUUAGGAAUGAAAUCUUUCCCGGGCAGAAGACUCACCCAACUACAGCGGGGUUUCCUGAAAGUCAAAUCAAUGUAUUAGGUUACUAGAAUGGCCGCCAACUAAAAAGAUUUAUUAUUAAAUCACAUGCAUAAACGUGAACUAUAAUAGUUCUUUUCUGCCAACGUGCUUUCUGAACCAGCGAAGAAGUAUAAUACAAAAGAACAAGAACACUGGCUUUCUUUGAUUAAAGACCCAAUAAUUCAUAAGAACUGUGGUCGUGGAUAUUUCAGUUUCAUUGUUUGUUUUAAUUUUCCUCCAAAUUCUGGUUUCGAAAAAUGACGUUUUCAAUGCCGGGUUUUCUAAUGUUGGAGAACAUGCUUUCUGCUUCGCCAUUUGGUUCAAUGUCCGAUCCGAUCCCACUCACACCGUUGUUUGGAUGGCCAACCGAGAUCAACCGGUGAACGGCAAAGGCUCAAACCUUUCCCUGUUGGGAAAUGGAAAGCUUAUCUUGACCGACACCGAUGGGAAAACAGAGUGGAGUGUAGGCUCAGUUUCGGCUUCCUCUGUUCAACUAAAGCUUCUUAACAAUGGCAAUCUCGUUCUUCAAAAUCUGGAUGUGGGCAAGGAGGAGGUGAAAGGUCUACAUAUAAUAAACUUCUCAGGUCACUUCAGCUCGUCUGACGAUUUUCGGUUUAGGGUAGCGGAUUCGGAUAUAGGUUCAUUGAGAAGGUUAACACUUGAUCCUGAUGAUUUGCAUCUUCAUUACAUACUUGAUGUGGGACUCAACAUGUACCCUUUCAAGACUGAGUUAAAUGCAAAGAUUUUCCCACUCAACAAGAUGGAUCAUGGGUUGUUACUUAGCAAGCUUUUGAAGAACCUUGCAAAAUUCAUGGCAAUUGCAGAGCAAACAGUCUGUGCAAGUACGAUAAUGUUCUUGGCAGGACAUGUUCCUGCUUAUCAGGGUUACUUCCAGUUUAGUACCUUAAAGGGAUGUGAAGAAGAAUGCUUGAAAUUGUGUGAUUGCAAAGGGCUCCAGUUUAAAAGUGAUGAAGAAAACAAAGCAACAGACCACGUAUACUUACAGGCCGCAACUGGAUUCAGAAGAUACAAUUAUUCUGAGCUUGAAAGGGCAACCAAUGGUUUCAGUGAAGAAAUAGGAAGCGGUGGCGCCAGAAUUGUGCACAAAGGGGUGUUGCCUGACCACUGCAUUGCUGCAAUCAAGCGUCUGCAUGAAGCUGGCCAAGGUGAAGCAGAGUUUCUCACGGAAGUAGAAGGAAAGCACAGGCUUUUGGUUUAUGAGUACAUAGAGCAUGGAUCUUUGGCAGACAAUCUAUCAAAAAAUUCACUCCAUUGGGCAACAAGGUUCGAAAUUGCAGUCGGCACCGCAAAAUGUUUGGCUUAUUUGCAUGAAGAGUGCUUGGAAUUGAUUCUGCACUAUGAUAUUAAGCCACAGAACAUACUUUUGGACUCCAAUUUCCAACCAAAGGUAUCAGACUUUGGCCUGUCUACGCUGCUAAACCGAGGUGCUCUCAAUAGCUUAGUUUUGGAGAUGGUGACCGGAAACAGCUUGAUCGGAGCUCAAAUUGUCGACAAUAAUGGUGAUCAAGUGGUGAAGCAUGGGAGGUUGGCUCCACAGCUGAGGGAGAGGGCAAUUGGAGCAGCUUCGAGAGAGACAUGUAUUGAAGAGGUUGUAGGCCCCAUGUUGGCCUCCGAUUUUGACAUUGAUAGGAUGGAACUUCUGGUUAGAGUGACCUCGCGAUGUGUGGAGGAAAACAUGGAUGCAAGACCCACCACGAGACAAGUUGUUGACAUGCCUUCAUACACUGAGGAUGAAACUUCAAAGUUCCUGUAGGUUUCACUGAGACAAAUUGUUUUAUGCUUAAUUUGCCGUUGAGGAAAGGUAGAAAUAAGGAUUUUAAUUUUAUAUAUAUUUUUUUAUUUAAUAAUGUUAAGUUUGUCAAUUUUUAAAUAAAGAUGUUAAUUUUUA